CAUUUCCUUCGCUAUCAUAUCUAUAAUCUAAAUGAGCCUCCAAACAUUCUUUCUAUAUUUAGUUUGUUUUAAAAAAAUAAAACAAAAAUUGUUAUCUCUUUCUCCCCACCUAAAUAUCAUUAUAUAUAUGAUACGUUGCUCUGAGAUCAAGGCUAAUGGAAGACUAUUUUUUCCGACAUAGUUUUAUCUAGUGUCCUUAGGAUAAAGACAUCACAAUAACAAUUUGUUAUUAAGAUUAUUUUAAUAAAUAAUAUAAGUUUAACACGGUACAUUUUAUUUAUUAAAGUAUGUCGUAUCGUUACUUGAAUCACUGAAGUGCAUGAUAGAGCAUCCAUUUAUUCACCAUUGUCGGGAACAAGACAGCAGUAGUGAAGCAGAAGAGACGCAGUUGAGGUGAAGUGUGUAAACGAGAAACUCUUAAACAGAACUGACAAGCUGACAAAAUGAUAGCGGAAGCUAUUGUGGUAUUAAUUAUUACAUCAUACUUAUCAUAUAUCUGGUUAUUCGGAUUCUGGGACAGGAGGAAUGUUUUUAAUAUUAAAUUCGGAUUUACUCUCCAAACAUUCCCCAAAAUACUCAUCAGGAACGAACACAUUCAAGACUUCUUCGUCGAUCUUUACACGAAGUACAAAAGCCACGGUAUUGUUGGAUUUUAUGCAAUGUUCACUCCAAUGCUAUUGGUGACGGACCCAGAAAUAGUGAAAACUGUGAUGGUGAAAGACUUCAAUAAGUUCACUGACACAGGAAUAGAGAUAAGGAAGGAUGUCGAUCCACUAUUCGCAAUUAAUCCAUUUGUUGCUAAAGGAAUAGAAAAGUGGAAGGAGCUUCGAAGUAUCCAAGCUGCAAAUUUGACCGCAGUCAGGUUUAAAGAGAUCAUUCCUACCAUACAUAGGGUAGCUGAAAGUAUGGUCGAUUACGUCAGAGAAAAGAAGAUGGAACCAAUCACGGCACAGAAACUUUCGUUUAUGUAUACAGUGGACAAUGCAUGUUCAUGCGGAUUCGGCAUUGAACCUAGUGCAUUUACCGACACGGAAAACAAUUUUAUCAAGUAUGCCAAUUCGGAUAAAUUGUUCAAUCCUUCACCGUUGACGAUGUACUGUCACUUAUUUAUACCUGCGAUGACCAGCGUUCUCAAGCUAAGAAUUUUGUCAGAAGAAGCUGGAGAUUUCUUUGAUUCAUUUGUUAAAAAAAUGAUCGAGUACAGAACCAGCUCGAACAUAACAAAGAACGACUUGAUCAACCAUAUUAUGAAAAUUAACCAAAAAUUGAAAGAAGAAAAUAAACCAGCUUAUACGAAUCUAGAGUUGGCAGGGCACUGUAUGACAUUUUACGUGGAUAGUACCGCAACUUCGGCGAGCCAACUGACAUUUUUUCUCUUCGACUUGGCUGACAAUCCGGAAGUCCAAGAAAAAUUGCGAAAAGAAAUUUCUUCAAUUUCAAAAUGUCCAUCAGAUUUUGAUAUAGAAAAAAUUAAUUCCAUCAAUUAUUUAAAUAUGGCGAUUAACGAAAGCAUAAGGAUACACACUCAAGCUACCUGGAUAUCCCGGACUUGUACACAGGACUCCGUAAUCGCAAAUACACCAAUACCUAAAGGCACCAAAGUAUUUAUUCCGAUCGGGCAAUUCCACAAAGACCCGGAGUACUUUCCCGAUCCUAAUAAAUUCGAUCCAGAAAGAUUUUCCGAAGAGAACAAGGACUCAAUUCCCAAAUACACCUUUCUUCCUUUUGGAGAGGGACCAAGAAUAUGUGUUGGUUUCAAAUUUGCUUUACUGCAGAUAAAGUUGGCAGUUAUAUUCCUGCUUCUAAACUUCACGAUUCUCCCUUCCAACCAGGAAGGAAAAGAGGGUAUUGUCAUAGAUAACACCGCCUUUGUCACUCCAGGAUCAAGUUCCAAGCUGAAAUUCAAACCGAUAAUCCAAGAUAUCUCUCAAUAAAUUAUAAAUAAUUAAAUAAAAAAUAUUAAAACCUCA